CCAGGUAGCGGGUAGCCUGUGGUGUAUGUGUUCAAGAUGGCGGACAAAUCAAAGCUUUUAACAAAAUGAAUUUUAUGCUUUGCUUACAAGAAAUCCUUCAUAAAAAAAGUGGUGGGAACUUGAGAACACUUAAGAAAACAAUACGGCUGUAUUCUAAAGGAAUCAGGAUGGCUACUACCUCAGUAUCUGACGUACAGGUGAAAUUAGCUGAUGUACAGUCUGCACUAGAUAGGAUUGCACCCUACAUCAAUAGCACGCCUGUAAUGACAAGCCACACCUUGGAUAAGAUGGCAGGACGAUCACUGUUUUUUAAGUGUGAAAAUCUACAAAAAGCUGGAGCAUUUAAGUUUCGUGGAGCCAUGAAUGCUGUACUCCGCUUGGUUGAAUCGUCUGAUGACCCAUCCGGUAGCAAAUCCCAAGCUCCUUGUGUUGUAACCCACAGCAGUGGUAACCACGCCCAGGCCCUAUCUCUUGCUGCCAAGCUAAUGAAUCUGAAGGCCCAUAUUGUAAUGCCUAAGAAUGCCCCCCAUGUGAAGAAGGCAGCAGUCAUAGAAUAUGGAGCUAACAUUGUUGAAUGUGAAAUUUCACAAAAGGACCGUGAGGAGACUGCCGCCAGAGUGCUACAAGAGACUGGUCCCAAUUCCUACCUUGUACCACCUUAUGAUCAUCCUCAUAUCAUCGCUGGUCAGGGGACAAUGGCAUUAGAAUUGCUACAAGAUGUUCCUGACGUAGAUGCCAUUGUUGUUCCUGUUGGGGGAGGGGGCAUGCUUAGUGGUGUGUGUAUAGCUGCUAAGGGAAUCAAGCCCUCUAUCCAAAUCUAUGCAGCGGAGCCUCUUAACGCUGAUGAUUGUGCUAAGUCCUUUGCUGCCAAGAAAUGGAUACCACUUUCUGGACCCCCCAACACCAUUGCUGACGGUCUGAAGACAAGCCUUGGUCACCUGACAUGGCCAAUCAUCAGAGAUUCUGUUGCUGAUGUUAUUACAGUGACCGAAGAAGAAAUUAUCACUGCCAUGCGGCUCGUCUGGGAGAGAAUGAAGCUAGUUAUUGAGCCCUCUGCUGCCGUAGGAGUCGCAGCAGUACUAUCAGAGAGAUUUAAAGAUGUUAGCUCGGGCAAGCUUCCCAAAGUUGCAGUGAUACUGUGUGGAGGGAAUGUGAGCUUGGAUAAAUUGCCUUGGAAUAAGUGAGCUCGGGCAAGCUUCCCAAAGUUGCAGUGAUACUGUAUGGAGGAAAUGUGAGCUUGGAUAAAUUGCCUUGGAAUAAGUGAGAUUUUCAUAAGCAUGUUAGCUCCGGAAAGCUUCAAAAAGUCGCAGUGAUACUGGCUUGGAUAAAGUGCCUUGGAAUAAGUGAAUGUUAAGGAGGAACUGCUGUUUGCUAAUGGUUUGAGCCCGGGCUUUUAUACUGCCAGAUUCUAAGAGCGUGGGGAGGAAUUGGAGCGGGAUUGAAUGUUAUUUUCUUAACUAGUUUGUUUUAUAUAAAAAUAUCUCCAAGUUAGUAGUUAUACUAUAGAUACUAAUGAUAAGCCAUAUCGAUACUUAAAAGCGAUUGUCUUUAAUUGGUUUUAAGAUCCCUGCUGCCUCUUGGUGAUCAUAAACACUUAUGUGCAAAUAUAAACACUUAUGUGCAAAUAUAAACACUUAUGUGCAAAUAUAAACACUUAUGUGCAAAUAUAAACACUUCUGUGCAAA